AUGCAUUCUCAUCUUCACACCUCAUACAACGUCAACUGCGAGGAGAUCAUGACAGCUCUCGACGAAUGCCAUGCUCGUGGAUUCAUUUACAAGGCCCUCGGCAACUGCAAUGAUAUCAAGCGUGAGGUGAACAAGUGUCUCGCUGCCGAGCGUUUCGACCGCGCGAAGAAGAAUCGGGAAACCGCGCGCGAUAACCGACGGAAGAUCGAGGAUAUUUGGGCAAAGGAGCGGGCAAUGGAUGCCAGUGCUGUGCAGGUUCCAAGUGCUACUUCCAGCGCUUCCCAGGAUGGUGUGAAGCAAUGA